UUCGCUUUAGUCGUUGCUACAGUCAUUACGCAUGCGUUUGGUGUGGGACUCAUGGGCAAACCUGUUCCGGUCUCUAGUUCAAGCAUGAGGUUUUGCUCCGAGUUUUGAUCACGAACUUGCGUUUCACGUCCGUGAUUGGAUAAUGAUGGACAUAACAAUGUGGGCUUUCGUAGUUGUCGCUGCAUUAAGCAUUGCAUGCUUAAUAUACAGAGCAGUUCGGCCUAAAUUGUCCGUUCAAGUCAACUGCUGGUUCUGUAACCAAGAUAGCAUGGUGCCUUAUGGUAAUCAGAACUGCUGGGAUUGCCCCAACUGUGAGCAGUACAAUGGUUUUACUACAGAUGGAGACUACAACAAGCCAGUGCCAGCCCAGUACACAGAAGAAAUUAACCAUCCAAUUACUUCCAGUUCUUCACAAUUUUUAAGUCACAGUGAAGUCCUCUGCAGCUCCUGCCAACGCAAUCAGUUAUUGAAAGUCAGGCAAUUAGCCACUUUUGAACCACUUAUAGAGGAUAAUUAUGAUGAAGAGAUUUCAUUUUACCGGCAACAUCUGGAAAAAGUAUAUGCAUUGUGCCCAUCUUGCCAAAAAGCUGUGCAGCAAGAGUUAUCUCGUCAAAAUCACCUUUUGCAAAAGCAGUACCAACUGGUUCAACUGGGUUCUUCAUCUUUUCACGAAGACCACAACAUGAAGGAGCACCAAGCCAGAAGAAGUGUUGACAAACAUUUUACAGUAUUCUCAAUAAGCACAGUAAUAACCAUAGUGUGCUCCUGUCUUUUCCUGUGGCUUAGUAUCAGUCACCACCUACUACAGGAUACUUGGAUACAGUUGCCAUAUAUUUGCCACAUCCUGAAGCAAAGUGUUCCUCCAUCAGCUUGCUGUAGCUGUGGGCUGAUUGUCUGUGUGGCGUCUAAACUGCUGUUGGGAAAAGAAUGUAUAUAUAUGCAGGAUGCUGUGCACAUAAUGGCAUGGCUUACAGCAUUCAUCAUUUCCAUACCAGACAUCAUGCUUUUUCCUGUCCACUUCUGUACUGGUGUUCCUGUAGCUUGUGUUCUGUUGUUGUUGGAGUUAUUGGUUUGUCUUCAAGGUCACCAGCGAAUAAAUUUCACAUUUCCUGUUAUAAGGCGUUGUUCCUUCAGCUGCUCAGCAUCCAGUGACAUGGGUAAAGAAGAGACUUCGUCUGAUGAUAUAUCUUCAGUAAGUGCUGACCAGCAUCCAACAAAGGAGUCUCUUAACAAUACACCAAUGUCACAAAAAUCUUCACUUGCAAAAGCAAGUAACAAGGUCUCUGGUGAGCCAGAAAUGGACAGACUUGGAGAAGACUUGAGUUGUUUUCAAAUUGGCACUUCAAGCCAUGGUCAUAAAGGUCAUCCAAAUGAAAUCGGUGAAGAUAUUUUCAAGCAAAGUGCAAGUGUACCUAAGCUAAGUUCAGGUACACCCUUACCUCGACCAUUGAUUUUCCCUGCUAAGCUGGAUUUUGUCUCCUUUUCAAAGCUUCCAGAACCUCAGCAAAAGCUCCACAAGACUCAAGGUCUUUUUGUCCAGAAUUGGAACACUUUGUCUCAGCCCACAGAGAGUGUUUUGCUCAAAGUGCCUGGUCCUGGCGAAAGACUAAAUGGUGACUUGAAGUCCAAGUCAUGGUGGCGAAGUAGCUCUGAUGUUGCAGAAUCUAACAACUACAAAAAGGCAGCCAAAGAAAAGUCAUGGUUUGUGAAUCCUACGGAAUGUGAUAGUACUACACCAAAUUUACCUGACAUUACAUCUUGCCAGCGAACACAUACAUACAGGCAAAGCUCUCAGCUUCCAGAAUUUUCAGAUGAUGAGGAACCAUUAACAGCUGAUAGGUCUUCUAUAUCUGGGAGCAUUCAACGGCCAAACUCAGGUCUUUCAUAUCAAUGGAUUUUAAUGUGGAUUACAGUGCUGAUCAGUUUGGCAACAAAUGCAUUUCUUACAUGGAUGAUUCUGGAGAAGAGAUGACCAUAAGAAACAAGAUUUCUACAUGGUGAUACAAAUAUAGAAAUGAACAUAAUGAGGACAAGGCACUAAAAUGUGAUGCCCAGUCUUAAAAAAACAUAAAUCUGUGUUAAAAAAUUAUGUGAUUUGUGCUUUUUUCAAUAUUCAGGGAUACUGAAACUUACUGUGUCAUCAUUGUAAUUUCAACUCUUCUUAUUUUCAGUCACUGCCAUGAAAUAUACCCGUUGCUUCUAUAAUAAAAUUAUUUAAUAUUUAAUAAAAAUGUUAAAAAUGAACAUUGAUGAAGAUUUAACACCAUACACUACCCUUUUCAAAGUUGCCGAGGUUUGUACAACUAAUAUUCAAAACCUGUUAGAUGCAUACAUGAGAUCUCUUACUGUUGCGAGAUGUUUAAGGAUUAUUAUUCUUAAAAAAGGAUAUACAUUUCAUAAAUCUGGACAAUUUAAAGAAGAAAGGAGGGUCAACGCAAAUUUAGUUCAUGGCCCGGUGAUUCAUGAUGCCUAAACCUCACUCAAAAGUAUGAUGCCACAUCAAAGGCAAUCCAGCUCCUGCACUUAUGUGUGCUGGCUCAAUCCUUCAGUUCUAAAAGUUUGCACCCCAUUUGUAUUUGUAUCAUUGUUGUGAUUUCUGUUAUAAAACCAAGUCAUUUGUGUGUUAUCCAAUAGAUUAUUUAUAAGUUUUAAAACAUUAUCUAAAAGAAAAUACUUUCCACUUUGACAAACCAUGUACAAUCAAAACAUGAUCUCUUGUACUGCACAGCUACUUACAAACCAGAAAUAA